GUAUUUUGCCAUAGACAACGCAGCUGCAAACGGCGAUGGCAGCACCGGCCAAGAUUUGGCUCUUUGACGAGGCUGAUUUGUACCCGAAAGAGUCGAGCAACCUCACCGCCCUCGAUACGCAGUCGUACCUCCAUGCAUCCAAGCUCAUCGCCGACGAUGCCCUCUAUGACGACGACGACCCGUACUACGAUGGUGACGCGCUGCGAGAAGGCGGUGCGCUCGAUCUCAUGAGCCGCGAAGCCAUCGGGCUCCUCGGGCAGUACGCGGCGGUUGGCAUCAUCUAUGGCUGCCUGCCCGGCCUCCUCUACCCGCUCUACGUCAAGUACCUCAACUUUUCGGGCUUUCAAGCGUCGUCAUACAAAGUGCUCGUCACGCUCUGCUGGUCGUUCAAGGUCUUUCUUGGUAUGCUCACCGAUUGCUUCCCCAUCGGCGGCUACAAGCGCAAGCCGUAUAUGCUUCUCGGGUGGAGCAUGUGUCUCGUGAGCGUCGUCCUCAUGGCGCUCAACCCGUUCCCGGACCCGUACAUUGGUUCUGCCCUCGCCGGCAUGAACCCGCGCAUCAUUGCGCGCGUCCGCGGCGGCGACCUCUCGGUUUUGUCCAAAGACAUGCAAAAGUCGAUCAACGUCGACGCGCCCAACCAAGGCAACUACUGGAUCCUUCUCUCGACCCUCGGCAGCUUUGGCUACAUGCUCGCCGACGUCGCCGCCGACGCCAUGGUCGUCCAGUACGCUCAGCGCGAGCCGAUUGCGAUCCGCGGUCGACUGCAGUCGGCAAUCUACUCGGUGCGCUAUGCGUGCAGCAUGAUCCCGCUCCUGCUCAUUGGCUUUUGCAUGAACGGACCGCAGUACGACGGUAGCUUCAACUGGUCGAUGAGCCCAAACCUCGUCUUUGCCGUGCUCGCUCUUCCGUGCGUGCUGGCCAUGUGGUGCUGCAUGUUUCUCAUUGUCGAAGACCGCGAUGUCAAGCCAUACUUUCGCAGCUACCUCCAAAGUCUUUGGAAUUUGUUGCGACUGCGCGUCAUGUGGCAAAUCUGCGCGUUUCGUUUUUUGAGCAAUUUCUUCUACUCGUUUGAUACGACCGUGACGCUCAUCAUCCCGAGUCUCUGGGCCAACGUCCAGCCGAUCACAAAGUCCAUCACGGCGGUGUUGAAUGCGCUGCUCACGUCGGUGGCGAUUUACGUUUGUGGGCGGUACGGCCUCAACUGGGACUGGCGCGUCUCGAUCGCGCUCGCGACCAUCGGUGUCUUGGUCAUUGACGCCGCCGUCAUCUUUGUCACAACGUGGAAUGUAGUCCGGAACGAGUAUUUCUUUACGAUCUCGCAGCUAGCAUACAGCCUCCCGGCCGGCAUCCGCUUCAUUGUCUCGGGCUACUGCGCGGUCGAGAUCGCCGACAUUGGCAACGAAGGCGUCGUCUUUGGCCUCGUCACGACGAUCGUCAACCUCGCGACACCGUUUUCCACUGCGUGUUACAAGCUCAUUGACUCGUACCUCGACCUCUCCAACAACGAUCUCGCAAAAGACUCGACCCACGUGCGCUGGCAAGUGACCUACGCGUUCAUCAUCUCGUACGGCUUCAAGUUUGCGUCGUUGCUCUUUCUCGGGUUGCUCCCGCCGCAAAAAGCGGCGGUCCAAAAACUCAAGCGCACGGGUGGCGCCAACUCGCACGCAGCCACCGCCGUCGUUGUUUCCUUCUUUGUCGCGCUGCUUUUCUCGGUCGUGACCAACUUUAUGGCGCUCUUCCCGCAAACCUCGUGCUAUCGCGUUGCGGGCGGCAACGGACAGCCGACCAUCCAAGGCAACGUGACCAUCUGCGGCUAAGACGUCUAGCCUCUCUGUCCCAUGUCCAGUAAUCUCAGCAUUCAAUCAUCAUCUUGGACGUCGAGUGCCCACCGUCCUCUGCGUGUUUCAAGGCGUGCGUCUAUCCUUAACGUCAUAAAUGUUCAACAAAUCGACAAUGACACAAGACUGCGAACGAACCGCGUGGUCGUUGUGGGCUUCCUA